CUUUGAAAUUAAUAAAUCAAUAAUCCAAUACAAGGAAGUGCCGGGCAGUCGCUACUCGGCCAUCGCUGCUGUUCUCGUCCUUAUCAACUGAACCCUAAUUUCACUUCUGAGAUUGAUUUUCCCCAAAUAUUGCAAUGGUAGUAGUUGAUGAUGGAAUUCUUGAUUCGAACCGCCUCGACUUUUUCAAUUCCAACGGUUAUUUGGUAUUGGACUCUUUCGCCGGUCCAGAUGAGGUGCAAUCGAUGAGGCUAAGAAUGGAUCAACUCCUUGAUCAGUUCGAUUGUUCCACCAGAGCUUCCAUAUUCUCCACCACAAACCAGCAACAGUCGACGGAUGAUUACUUCUAUGAGAGUGCCGAGAAUAUCUCCUUCUUCUUCGAAGAAAAAGCUUUUGAUGAUGAGGGUAACUUAAAGCAACCAAAGAAGCUCUCAAUAAACAAAGUUGGGCAUGCAUUGCACGAAAAAGACCCCGUAUUUAAGAGCUUUUCUAGCUCCAAGAAAGUGUCAGGUUUAUUAUGCUCGCUUGGUUACAGAAGACCAAUUGCAAUUCAGUCCAUGUACAUUUUCAAGCAACCCGGAAUUGGGGGUGAAGUGGUACCGCAUCAGGACAAUUCAUUUCUCUACACGAAUCCACCAACGUGUACAGGAUUAUGGCUUGCCCUAGAAGACGCCACACUUACAAAUGGUUGCCUUUGGGCAAUUCCUGGAUCUCAUAAACGUGGGCUGGUGAGAAGAUUCAUCAGAGGUGAAAAUGGGGUUACUUUUGAUAAGCCAUUUCCCUCCUACGAUGAAAAUGAUUUUGUUCCCAUUGAAGUAAAAUCCGGCUCCUUAGUAAUCCUUCAUGGGGAUGUGAUUCAUCGAAGCUCCGAGAACAAAUCCUCUGUAUCAAGGCACGCAUACAGUUUGCAUGUAGUGGACACUGAUGGCUGUAAAUGGGCUGAGGAUAAUUGGAUCAGAAGAAAAGUGGAUCCCGAACCUCUCUAUGCUUCCUAAGUUCUCGUCGCCUCAGUUCUUAAUUUAAGAUUGUAACACUCUUAUUAUGCUGAUGAAUGUCUACUUCACGUUCAAAUAAAAGGAUGCGAAUGAUAACAACAAUAAAUCAUUUACAUGCUCUCUGUAUCCACAUUUUUAUUUCUCUUUA